AUGAUAUCUCAAAUGGAUCAGAAGGACGAAGUGGUUAAACAUUCAGAUUUUAGUAUAGAUCAUAUAUUAAAUAGGGCCGGAAAUAGUCAGAAUAGUGAUGAUGAAGCUAGGACUAGUGUUAAUUACUCGUUGGAUCCUUAUUCUUGGCUGCAGUGCACACGAUAUUGCCCUCCCAAAAUUCCAAGAGUUCCAAAAAGAGAAGGCCCUCAAAAACGCCAACUAGGACGACAUCCUAGAAUCCCUUUUACUAGUCACCAACUUUCAAUACUAGAAGAAAAAUUCCAACAAACCCCGUACCUAAGCAGCGAAGAAGUCAUCAAACUAUCAAAUAAACUCGACCUAGCGGACAUACGUGUAAAAAUUUGGUUUCAAAAUCGCAGGGCUCGCGAGAGACGCGAAAAAACAUCCACGGAAAUAAAACAGGAAGAAAGAAAGUCGCCUGUGAAAAGUGAAGAGAAUAUUCGGGUUUCGCCAUCGACGUCGCCUAUGAGUAUGGCAGUUAGACAACCGUCUCCUGAUUUUACUAUGCCAACUUUGAUUUAUAAUCCUUUUUUGUCAAAUCCUUUCCUGAAUUCUUAUUCCCUACCAAAUAAUACUGAUAAUGAAAACAGGUAG